UAGAUAGCUACUAGUGGAAGAUAUCAUGUGUAAUUAUUAUUAUAUGGGACCCCAAUAGAUACCCCACUUCAUUAUCUCUACCCAAGUUCUUUAGUGUUCUUCGUACUUUUUGGCGUUUCUUGCUUGCUAUCUCUGUUUUCUUUCAUGUGAAAAGUUUAAGAUAUUGUGAAGCCUGAACAGAUUCAGAGGGUGAUCAUCAAAAAAAGCAUAGUAUGACCCACGAGAAUGGCCCAUGGCUCUGGACAACUACAAUCUAUGGUUUGAACACCACCUCUUUGAUGAAAAUGGCCAAAGAACUUUCCCAAUAUCAACAACUCCAUUUGUGGAUCAUAUUACUGGGUUUUUUUCACUUGAUAUGGAUCUUGCUGACAAGCAGCAGCUGCAGCAGUCCUUGGGAAAGAGUACGAGGCAUCGAUGCAGUGAAUGGAUUUUUCGAGAUGUACCAAGUGAUAUAACUAUAGAUGUGAGCGGAGUAAUAUUUUCUUUGCACAAGUUUCCUCUUGUCUCUAGAAGUGGACGAAUACGGAGCUUAGUUGCAGAACAUAGGGAUUCUGAUAUCUCAAGAAUUGAGCUUCUUAAUUUGCCAGGAGGUUCUGAGUCUUUUGAGUUGGCUGCAAAAUUCUGUUAUGGUAUAAAUUUUGAGAUUACAUCUACAAAUGUUGCUCAGCUCUGUUGUGUCUCUGAUUUCCUCGAAAUGACUGAAGAAUUCUCAAAAGACAACCUUGGCUCCAGGGCUGAGGAAUAUCUAGAUAGCAUUGUUUGCAAGAACCUUGAAAUGUGUAUUGAAGUGUUGCAACAAUGUGAAAACCUGCUGCCUCUUGCUGAUGAACUAAAAAUAGUUAAUCGUUGCAUAGAAGCCAUAGCCUCAAAAGCUUGUGCAGAGCAAAUAGCUUCUAGUUUCUCACGUUUAGAGUAUAGCAGCUCAGGGAGGCUACACAUGAGCAGGCAAGCCAAAUGUGAUGGUGACUGGUGGAUAGAAGAUCUGUCUGUUCUUCGCAUUGACAUGUAUCAACGUGUCAUAACUGCAAUGAAACGUCGUGGGGUCCGGCCUGAGAGCAUUGGUGCCUCCCUUGUGAGUUAUGCUCAGAAAGAAUUAACAAAGAAAUCCAGCUUGUGGAAUCCCUCUAGCCAGAUUAAAGUUGAUUCUGAUUUAAUUGGUCAUGAAAAGCUUGUGGUUGAGACUAUAGUCAGCCUUUUGCCAGUGGAGAAGCUUGCUGUUCCAAUCACUUUCCUUUUUGGGCUUCUGAGAAGUGCAGUGAUGCUUGAUUGUACUAUAUCUUCUAGACUUGACUUAGAAAGAAGAAUUGGCUCGCAUCUUGAUGUUGCCACUAUUGAUGAUCUUCUGAUUCCAUCGUUUAAGCAUGAAGGUGAUACCUUAUUUGAUGUAGACACAGUUCAUAGAAUUUUGUUAAACUUUUGUCAGCAGGAUGAUAGUGAAGAUGAUCUGGAUGAUGCUUCUGUUUUUGAAUCUGACAGCCCUCGUUCUCCUACACAAACAGCAUUAGUUAAAGUGGCAAAAUUAGUCGACAAUUACCUUGCUGAAAUUGCCCCUGAUGCAAACCUGAAGCUUUCAAAGUUUAUGGUCAUUGCGGAAACCUUGCCAGCACAUGCACGAACUGUUCAUGACGGGUUAUAUCGAGCCAUUGACAUUUAUUUGAAAGCUCAUCCAGGUUUGUCAGAUUUGGAGAAGAAGAAGCUAUGCAAACUGCUUGAUUUCCAAAAGCUUUCACAAGAAGCUGGGGCUCAUGCUGCACAAAAUGAGCGUCUACCCCUACAGUCAAUAGUUCAGGUUCUUUACUUUGAGCAGUUGAGGUUAAGAAAUGCCUUGUGCUGCUCCUCUGUUGAAGAUGACCCUAGGCCAAUGCAUCAGUCAUGGCGCAUGAGCAGUGGAGCUCUGAGUGCAGCAAUGUCUCCCCGAGACAACUAUGCAUCAUUGAGACGAGAAAAUCGCGAGUUAAAACUCGAGUUAGCUCGGUUAAGAAUGAGAUUAAAUGAUCUGGAGAGAGACCAUGUGUUCUUGAAAAGGGAUAUGGCAAAGUCUGGCUCAAGAAAAUUUAUGAGUUCUUUCUCAAGGAGGAUCAGUAAGCUUAACUUCUUUGGACUUGGCUCUUCUAGAGGAUCUAGUUCUCCUCCAUCCAGGAAUUCUCAGAGAAUAGAUUCAAAGGUGAUUGGGAGAACCUGUGCUAGCACUGACUAGGUAAAAUUGUAACAACUUGUUGAACUGGAUUCUCUACAAUAGUAAUGCAUUUGGAGAAACACACAAAAGAAUGUAAUUGUAUAUCAUCAGACUCACUUGUACUUUUUACACUGAUCCUCUCUUUUUAUGAAUACAUUAUUUUAUGACUGAUAGAUUCUGAUC